AACUAAACCUUUACCUAAACCUCUCAGGAAGCUGACGCAGGCAGCCGAUACAGAGUUCACCACAUGCCACAUGCUGAACAUUAGCGAAUGUGCUGUUGCGGAAAAGGAGGAGAGCUUCGUGGUCACCCUGUAUAAUCCCCUGGGAAGACCAGUCAGCAAAUACGUGAGGUUGCCAGUGGUCGACGACAAUGAAGAGCAGAUAGACAUCCGCAACCCUUCAGGCGGGCGUGUUAUUGCACAGAUAGUCCCCAUCCAUGAGUCCGUGCUAGCAGUGCCGGGCCGCAACAGUGAGGCCAAAUUUGACUUGGUGUUUGUCGCCGAAGACAUUCCGGCCCUCGGCUACAAGUCCUACUUUAUCCAAAGAACCCGGCAGAAAUCCCCUGCUGGGCGGGUCACAAAAUCGCAGGCCUUCCCAGGCAAACUGCGAUCGCUGGCUGAAACUCUGGGAGUCAGCGUGGAGUUCCAGUACUACACUGGAAAUUCUGGAGACUCCAGCUCGGCUGACUCCACCCCCUCAACUCCCUACAUUUUCCGACCCCAUCCAGACAUUCCUCUGCAAUCGAUUGAAGUGAGCCACGUGACUACCUACUCUGGACCUCUGCUAACGGAGGAUCAUGUUUAUUACAACGACUGGUUUAGCGCCGUUGUGCGCCAUUAUAACGACUCUUUAGUGUCCGAGUAUGUCCACUUGGUUGGCCCUUUGCCUUAUGACGAAAAUGGGGUGGAAGUUAUCGUGCGAUUUACCGCAGACUUCGAGGGCAAAGUUUACACAGACACGAACGGCCGGGAGUUCAUUGAGCGAAUCAGGAACUUCCGACCCACCUGGAACAUCACGGUGGUCGAACCGGAGGCUGCCAACUAUUAUCCGGUCACUACCGGAAUUUCUAUCCAGGAUGGAAGCACUAAAGGGAUAGUCGUUUUGAACGACAGAGCGCAAGGCGGCGGAAGUGUGGUGGACCAAACCAUCGAGCUGAUG